AUGUCUGCUAUCUGGUCUCUGCUGAACAGAUUUCUCAGACAAUCACCAAGUGUAGUGGAAAUUCAACACAUAGAUGAAUAUGACCGUGAAAGUUUGGUAAUUGAUAUCACACAAAUGCUACAGAGAGCACAGCCUCUCUCAUCACCUGAACAUGCACCUUGUAUCUACAAGGUUCCGGAUCCCCUUCGCAAAUUGAACGAAGAAGCCUACACUCCUCAGAUUAUUUCAAUAGGGCCCUUUCACCAUGGUAACAAAAAAUUGCAAACCAUGGAAAAGUAUAAAGAGAGUUAUCUCAAGGGAUUCGUGGACCGGGCAGACAGUGCAGGGAUAGGCAUUGAGAUUUUAAUACGCGCUAUAGAGAUUUCGGAGCAACGUGUUCGUCAAUCUUAUGCGGAGACUAUUCCACUUUGCAGGUAUGAUUUUGUGAAAAUGGUCUUGAUGGAUGCGAGCUUCAUUGUUGAGCUUUUUUACAGAAAUUGGCCGGAAACAUCAGAAUGGACACCGGACGACUACAUAAUACAAAAGCCAUGGUUGGCUUAUAGGAUGCAGCUGGACUUUAUGUUACUUGAAAAUCAACUUCCUUUCUUUAUUAUUAAAGAAUUAUUUGACCUUGCAUUUGCAUCUCAGACAAACUUACCUUCCUUCAUUGAGCUUACCUUUCACUACUUUAGCUGUUACAACAGGCAAGGAUUGCUUCCCGAUCCUGAUCUAAAUAUAUUGCACUUUGUUGAUUUGCUUAGAAAAUUUUAUUUGCCAGCUCCUCCCCGAACGCUACCAAGAAGAAGACCAGCAAUAGUACCGUAUAUGUACGCUGCAACCCAACUGGAUGAGGUGGGAUUGAAGUUUGAGGUGAAUCCUUCAAGCAAAUGCUUGCUUGACCUACAUUAUGAGGAGGGAGUAUUAAAGAUCCCACGUUUUACCUUGGAUGAUUACACAGAGCUUUAUGCUCGAAAUCUCAUGGCUUUGGAGCAAUGUCACUAUCAGCAUAGGGGAUAUAUUACCGAUUAUUUUCAAAUGUUAGAUCUCCUUAUUAAGAGUGAAAAAGAUGUAGAUUUACUUAGUCGGGAGGGGAUCGUGGUUAAUGGGCUAGGUCACAACGAUGCAACUUUCAUCAACAAUCUAGGCACAGGUAUCGUAUAUUCAACCAUGAGCUGCUAUUACUUGAAAAUUUGUGACAAUUUGAAAAAGUUCUACGAGAAUCCUUCGCAUGGUUGGAUUGCUUCCUUGAGACGAGAUUAUUUUCGCACUCCUUGGAUGGCCGCUUCUACCAUAGCUGCUGUUAUCUUGUUGAUCCUCACUUUGAUACAAGCUGUAUGCUCUAUUAUCGCUGUAUAAUUACCUCAUCACUAAAGUUUGUGUAAUGGUUCAUGACCA